ACAUGAAUUGUACAUACUGUAUUGACAAACACUGCACUGACCACUAAAUUGUAUUACGCCACUAUAUAAGGAAGGGUAAAGCCUGAAGUAUAGUCUGUUUUUAUGUGUACAAUGUACGUGGGGUUUCAAAUAUCUGGCGGUGCAUGUACAAUACAGUACAGUACAGUUCUGAUAACGAAACUUGCGUCACACGCAUUGUACGCAGACCUUCGGCUUACGUGUAAAAAGUGGACAAUACCUCGGCCUUAAUGCUAUAGUUUUUCUGUUUUUAAAGCAUGAUAACAUUGACAAGCAUGAAUUUUAAUAAAUUAUAUCACAAGUUAUUGAAAAAGAUGCACAUAUGUAGACGUCUCUACAAGAGAAAUCGUUUGCAGUGUGUCAUACAUUCAGGAAGCGAACAGAAGAUGAUAGGACAGCUGUUUCCCGUGUACUACAGUCCACUCCCUCUGUUUCUAGGGAGACUCCUCAACCUGUUGCUCUCCAUUGUUCCCUAAUUUCUUUCUCUCUGUCCAACCCAUCAUGAUGCUAGCACCUUCUCAUACAUAAACUACAUUUAUUGAUGAGCACUUGUUUGUCAUCAGUUAAUAUGUGCACACACGUCACGUUUUUCUCUAUUGUUACCGUGCCGAUCUGUCCACGGCACGCAGACAGCAUCCUGUUAACGAUAAUGUAUGUGUGUGCGCAUGUCCUGUCUCUCUCUCUCUGUCGAUCUCUCACCCAUUAAACACCCCCUCCCUUCAUGUGGUUCAUCUUUCCCUCUGUCCUCUCCUGUCUCCUGAAGCGUCACUAUUUUCUGAGCUCCGUCUGUUUCACUUUUCUCUUCAUCCUACACGUACUUCUGUCACUCUCCUCCUCCUCCUGUCUCCCUCUCUUUCUGUCACUCUUUUAUUUUUCCUCUCUUGCCUUCAGUCGCUUGUAAACACAGAGGAUUAAUCUGAGAUGCUGGAGUUGAGUUUAAGUGGGCAUCUGGAGAGCCUCCUGUUUCCGCCUCCUCGUGUUGCCAAACUACAAUGAGCAGUUCUACUCCAUCCACAGCUAAUGGCAACGACAGUAAAACUUAUAAAGGAGAACGAUCUCAAUGUGCCCCCUCCCGCGUGCUCCACGUCCGCAGAGUUCCCAUCGAAGUGUCCGAGGCAGAAGUCAUCUCACUAGGAGUUCCUUUCGGCAAAGUCACCAAUCUAUUGAUGCUUAAAGGGAAAAAUCAAGCUUUUAUAGAAAUGGCUUCUGAAGAAGCAGCCAUGACCAUGGUCAACUACUACACCACAGCCACACCCCACGUUCGUAACCAGCCUGUCUACAUCCAAUACUCCAACCACCGUGAGCUGAAGACUGACAACCUGCCCAACCAAGGGAGGGCUCAGGCCGCACUGCAAGCUGUAAGUGCAAUGCAUUCUGGGAACAUGAGUCUCUCUGGUUCUGCCACGGGUAGUGACGGUGGCAUGAUGCCUGGACAAAGUCCUGUACUUCGCAUCAUAGUGGAGAAUCUCUUCUAUCCAGUGUCUCUUGAAGUGCUACACCAGAUCUUCUCAAAAUUUGGGACGGUUCUGAAGAUCAUCACUUUCACCAAGAACAACCAGUUUCAGGCCUUGCUACAAUAUGCAGAUCCAAUGAACGCACAUCACGCCAAAGUGACUUUGGAUGGGCAGAACAUCUACAAUGGCUGCUGCACUUUGCGUGUGGAAUUCUCCAAACUGACCAGUCUGAAUGUGAAAUAUAACAACGACAAGAGCAGGGAUUUCACACGUCUGGACCUUCCCUCAGGUGACGGACAGCCCGCGAUGGACCCCACCAUGCAGACGGCUUUUGGGGCUCCUGGGAUAAUUUCCACUCCAUACCCCGGGGCGGCUGGAUUCGCACCCGCUAUUGGUUUUCAUCAGGCAGGUUUGUCCAUGCAGACGAUGCCUGGUGCUUUGGGACCUCUGACCAUCCCUUCAUCCGCAAUGACAGGAAGGAUGGCCAUCCACGGCAUGGCCCCUACCGCCAUCCACUCUGUGCUUCUCGUCUCCAACCUCAACCCUGAUAGUAUAUCCCCCCAUGGCCUCUUCAUUUUAUUCGGAGUCUACGGAGAUGUUCAUAGGGUGAAGAUUCUGUUUAACAAGAAAGAAAAUGCUUUAAUACAAAUGGCAGACGUCACACAAGCUCAGCUUGCGAUGAGCCAUCUGAACGGUCAGCGUCUGUACGGUAAGGUGAUCCGUGUGACCGUCUCAAAGCACCAGACGGUGCAGCUCCCCAGAGAGGGUCAGGAGGAUCAGGGCCUGACCAAAGACUUUAGCGGUAGUCCACUGCACCGCUUCAAAAAGCCCGGCUCCAAAAACUUCCAGAACAUCUUUCCUCCCUCCGCUACUCUACACCUCUCAAACAUCCCUCCCUCUACCACGGAUGAUUUUCUGAAAGACCUGUUUGCCAGUUCUGGAUACACGGUCAAGGCCUUCAAGUUUUUCCAGAAGGAUCGCAAGAUGGCAUUGAUCCAGCUAGGUUCGGUGGAGGAAGCCAUCCAGGCUCUCAUCGACCUUCACAACCACGACCUGGGAGAAAACCAUCACCUGCGAGUGUCCUUCUCCAAGUCCACCAUCUAGCAGCUCCUUCACUACAAACAAACCCUCUCCCCAUUUCUCCCCAGUCCAGCCCUUUGAACCUCAGUUUGACUGUUUCCUUCAGAGAAACUACAACCGGCCGAGGAACUCCCACAAACAUUACAAAUAUUAAUGGGGUAGUUUUAGAGAUUUUCCAAAAAAGUAAAAACGAAACAAAAAAUGAAAUGACAGACUACUGCAGAGCGUCAAGUCUUGAGAGUAACUUUCUUGUACUCUCACGACACAACCAGGGCUGGAGACACAUGGGACGUCCACAAGCAAGCAAACGCGAUGUCCAUGGGAGCUUCCGUGUUGAGGAAGUAGACUCUCUCUUUAUAGUCAAUUGCAGGUUAAAGACAUUCGACGGACACCACGUGACCGUUCAGCGCUGAGGAAGGCUCUUUGGUUUCUUGUCAAAAGCAUUGGAGACUGACAGCUCCUGUAGCCCAAUAGCCUUGCGACCCCUUGACCUACGCAAGAACCGGAGUCUCAUCUUCUGUGCCUCCCCCAAAAUCCGACACCUUCACUCUCAUUGGUCGUUCAUCGCAAUUUCAGAAUUUCCUGUGGAACGUGUUGGAUGCAAAAGAGGUCAGCGUAUGAAUGUCGAUGACGUCAAGGUGCUGCUGGAAAACAAAAUCUGUAGCGACGGGCUCGUCCUUUUCCUCCGAGUAGCAUUAAAAAAAAACAAGAGUGCUAUGGAUUCGAGAACGAGUUCAUUUCAAAUUCAAUCGCAACAAACCUUUUGUUGUUUCUUGGCACUUCGAAUUGUAGACAGGCACCGCGGGGAAUGUUGUCGUCGUAUCUGUUUACCGUGCAAAGAUGCAUAGCCAGAUGGUAAGCGUCUGUGAAUAGAUAGUGAAUGGUGUGAUUUGUUCUUUUUCUCUUGUAUAAUGGAAAUUUUAUAUCGGACAGAACAGCCGUUCAUGGGCUUUCUGCACCUGCGACGCUGUCAGAGUACAUCUGCGCACGAUGGCGCCUGAUGUCAACCGUGAGUCCAGUCAAUCGAGUUCCGGAGAGACCUUUCGCGCGGGAUCAUUCCGGAAAUUUACGGCCAGCUGUCAGUCUUACUGGAACACUCCAAUCAGCAACGCCAGCCUGACGGGAGGCCCCGCCUCCUCCCACGUGAAAUUCUGAAUGUGAAUGGUGUAGCCCGUGAUCUCUAGAUGACGUGAAAUUCAUGAUUUCCUACAUAUUCUGUUUCCCAUUUUUCGUUUCGUUCGUUUCUCUUCUCACCACACGGGGGCAGAUGAAGUUCUGCUCCGUUUCCUCUGUUCUUUAUCUCAUUGGCUCUGUGUGAGAGUUUGCAGCCAUAUGGGCUUUGUAGAAACCAUCUAAACACAGGACACUGUCUUUUGCCUUGCAGUCCCACACUAUAUGUCUCUGCAUCCGAGUAAACCAAAUAAUCCACAAAUAUAUACAAGAGAUUUACUUUGUUUUAAACCUAGUGAGCUGGCUGCUGUCUGUAGGCAGCAUCCUAACCUCCAUUGAACCUCUUUAAAGUCACUGAUUCAGAAGAUUUGGGCAACUCAUGAACAAAAUUCCCUUCUGUCCUCAGUUACUGUUGCUUGCUCGAAAAGGCUUUAGGAACACAUAGGUGUUUUUACAGUAUUUUUACUACGGUAGUGUGAAAUCUUGAGUUACUGUUGCAUCUGCUACUGAUAUGAUGUGAAUUAAGUAAUUAGCACCAAAUUUGUAACAUUAUUUUAAUUUAUUUUGGUGUAAUUUAGGCUUUAAUAAAUACAAAUAUAUUUUUUUACUAUAGUCUUGCAUACACUGUAAAAAGUGAAAGCUGGUAGACUGUAAAAAAAUUCAUUCAAUUUACUCAUUUUUUUAAGGUAAGUGGUCGCAUUCAAUUUAUUUAAGCAAUAUUAAAAAAAAAAAAUAGAAUAACAAAACAAAAAACUUUGGUUUAAAUGUAGUUCAAAUAAAUUGAUUGCCACCACUUAGCUUAAAAAAUUGAGUAAAUUGAAUGAAUAAUUUUUUUCAGUGUAUACUUAAAAAAAAAACUUACUACAAUGAAUAGCUUAAAAAAAGAAUAAGUUUUAUAAACUUAAAUAUUUUUACUUUUAAGUAAAAAAAGUAAUGUGAAAUAUUUUUUUUUUAAUUACUUCAGUUGGUGACACCUAAAUUAUUUAGAUAUUUAAUUUGAUCCAACUUUUACUUUUUACAGUGUAAAAUCUAUCAAAUUCCACAUAAAAUUUUUCAUAGCCUAAUAUUAGAAAGCAAUGCAAGGCAAGUUUAUUUGUAUAGCACAUUUAAAGUGUUUACAUAAAAUUAUUAUCAAAGAGAAAAAAGAUACAUAAUAAAUAAAUGUAAAAAUAAAAGAUUUUAAAUUACAGUUAAAACCAAAGAUGCAUAAGAAUUUAAAAUCCUCUGACUGUAUUAAAAAAAAAUGAUAUGCUCUAAAAAUGCUGAUUUAUUUUCAACCCAGCGUUGGGUCAACCUUAAAGAUCCACUGUUAUAUUGGCCAAUAAUCGGUACCGAUUGAUGGUUUAAAAACAGCCGAUAGUCAUGGCCAAUAUAUCCUGCCAAUCAAAAGAGAACAGAAAAAUGAAGGAAUAACUUUUAAGAAAAUUAAUAAAAAAUAAAAUUAAUAAAAACAUUUUUAGAAUAUCACUGACUAAUCGGCAAUUGGUGGAAAAGUUUUAUAUGGGUGCGUCUCUAGUCAAAAAAAUAGAAAAAAGAUUUGCACACUGUUAUUUUCCCUUUAUUUCAAAAAGUUUUUUUCAGAAACUUUGCUUUAUUAACUUUUUGAAAUAAAGGGAACAAAACAUUGUGCAGAUCUUUUUUCUAUUUUUUGAUUCGUCCUUUGAUCUUGCUCCUGGUCAAGACUGUUUUGGAUGUGCGUAUGUAUCGCUAGUCACCCAGAAUUCAAAAUUAACCCAGAAACUGUUUAUAAUUAACCCAACAACCCAGCAUGGGUUAAAUUACAACCCAACGAAUUGGGUUCAUCCUUUUUUGAAAAUUUGUAUUUUUAUAUUUAAUUUUUUUUAUGAGCGUAAGGACUGAAAUGAAAGUGCAGUCACUGUGAAGCAGCACAGUGCCAUUGUGUAAAUGCACAGAUAAACAGAUGCAAAAAAAUCCUCAUAAUAUGCAGGAUAGCAACAGUUGCUAAGGCAGGAUGGUGGAUGUUUAUAAGGCGGGGCGUAGCAAAAUUUGACCAUACAGAGAUCAUUUGCCUCAAACAGCAGUCAUUUAAAGACCUUCACUGAAAUGCAUUGGCAUCAAAAUAUAUUUAUCUGCCAUCUUUAAUGAAUUAGAUCAAGCCUAUCGCAGUGCAUUCUGGGAUUGCCUUCUUUUACAAAAGAUACAUGCGAUGUUGCCUUAGAUUUUGGCCAAAACGAGGUAUCUUAGGAGCGCAGUAUGAAGUGACUGCCUUCUGUUUGGAAUGCACAAUGAUGCCUUAAUUUGCUGUCUAGGUAGACGGCUCACUAGGUUUGGGAACGAGCUAUACAGAAACUUACAUGCAGGACUCCCUGAUAUAUGUGGGUACAAGCGAGGCGAUGUCUCGUUUGUGAAGAUCAGGCCUUAACAUUCCAUGAAGGAUGACCAUACGUGUGUCGAGUAGCAUGUAAAGGGAUCAUCUUUUGUGCCUGUGCGCUGUAGCUGUAGUCCGUCGGCAUAAGGGUCAUGUGAAUGCAAGGCAAGCGACAGUGUCUUUAUUUAGUUUCAGAGGGUUUCACCCGAAGCGUUUCGAAACAUCGCUUUCACUUCUCAAAAGAAAUUGAAUUUUGUUGACGUUUACAGUCUUAAAGCAAAACUAUUCAGGUCUGUAUAUCUUAAGGAUUGUCAAGAUUUUUUGAAAACAAAAAGAAGUUACUUAUUUUUGGUAAUUUGUUCUUUUUUAUGGAAGAGGAAAAAUCAAAUUUGAAACCUCAUCGGGUUUUUGUACCACUAUAAUCAUUCAAGAAAUCAUGGUGAAAAAAAAUCAUAUUUACUGUGUAUUUACCUAAUUUCUUAUUCUGUGCCUUAUUAUGUGUUUCAUAAUCAAAUAGGUUUUAGAAAUUUUACCUGAAAUAUCUUAUGUACUAUUAUUGUGGGAUUGGUGAAAGGGUUGAUUUUAUCUUUAUUUUAUUUUAUUGUCGUGUAGCUCUUAUAGAUGUGUAUUUUGUGGGGACUCAGUACCAUGUGGUCUUAAAAUGAUAUGCGAUGUAAGUUAUGAUGUAUGGUGCUGUGAAUGCUCUUUUCAUUUUUCUCUGUUAGAAAAAUGAAGGGUGAACUCAAUGGUCAGAGUAUGCUGUGGGUCUCUAUUCUCCUUACAGUUAUGAAUGUGUGUAGUGUACAUAUGUGUGCUUGCAUAUUAUGGUCUAGAAAAAGUUUUUCCUCCAACUCCGAUAUAAAUAAUUAUUGAUCAGAGAUUACGGAGGUCGCUGUAGACGUUGUGAUUAUGCUGUGAUAUGAGCACAUCUGUGAAGUUUUGUGUUAGCAGAUUAAACAAUCCUCAACUCCUCCUUUUAUAAAAGCUCAAGCCUUUAAAAACAUUGAUAAACAUCUUUGAUGAUUCAUAAUUCAUCCGUUAAAACUGAAUGUCUUGUCCACAAGCAUGCACAACGCUUCUGUAGUUAUUAGAGAUGCACCGAUACUUAAUUGCUCUACCGAUACGAUAACCGAUUAUUAGGAGUACUGUUUGCCAGUACUGAUUACAGAUACCAAUAAUUUGGUGGUUUGAUCUUCUAUACUUUCAUUUAAAUUAAUAAUAAUAAUAAUGACACAAUUUUGCAAGAUAUGCAAAUGAACACUUGAUUCUCUCAGUUUUAAUAACUUGUUUCAAAGUAACUGGUCUUGAAUAUAAAACAAAUCUGUUACUCAAAUUGACAUUCUUAAUUAACAUAAAUUCUGAAUAUUAAAAUAGUAUUUCUUAAGUUUUAUGAAUUAAUAACAUUCAGUUAAUUACUAUCAAUAUAAACAUCUAGCUGGUAAUGUGAUGUGUGUAAAGGAAGUGAUAAAAACAGUGUGAUGCAUUUUCCUUCAAAGGAAUAAUCGGCCGAUUAUUGUUAAACUUUUGGGUGAUGGUGUGGAAAAAAUUCCUUUUACCACCCCAUAACGAUUAUUGGCAGAUAUAUACAUCAAGCUGGUGAUAUUUCUUAACACUACCUUUACACACAGCACAAUUCGAUUAAUUUCCUGCCCCCUUUUAAUGGAUAGAAAUUAUUGGCUUAUUAUUUCAUAACUUUAGGAUGAUGGUGUGAAUUUUUUUUUACAUCGAUACCGAUUAUUGCUCGAUAUAUAUCAAGCUGGUGAUUUUUCUUACCCCUUCCUUUACACACAGCACAAUAUGGUUUGGUUCCUGCCCCCUUGAAAUGCACAAGAAUAAUCGGCCGAUUAUUGUAAACUUUCGGAAGAUGGUGUGGAAAAAAAUCCUUUUAACAUCCGAUACCAAUUAUUGGCCGAUAUAUACAUCAAGCUGGUGAUAUUUCUUAAUACUAUCUUUACACACAGCACAAUUCAAUUAAUUUCCUGCCCCCAUUUAAUGAACUACCCUCUGCUGAUUUUUUAAAAACUUUUGGACGAUGUUGUGACAUUUUUUUACCAUCAGAUACCGAUUAUUGGCCGAUAUAUACAUCAAGCUGGUGAUUUUUCUUAACACUUCCUUUACACACACAGUGCAAUUUGAUUCAUUUCCUGCCCCCUUUUAAUGGACAGAAAUAAUCGGCCGAUUAUUUUUAUACGUUUGGACCAUGGUGUGAAAAAUUGCUUUCACCAUCUGAUACACAUUAUUGACCGAUAUAUCGGUGCAUCUCUAGUAGUUAUUCAAUAGCACUAAAGGUCACGACACUCCAAUACUGCAUUUCUUAAACUAUCAGAAAAUUGCAAACUAAAUGUGCUAUGACUAGAAAUGUCAUCAAAAUUCAUAGAUUAAAAAGGAGGAACAAAUACUGUUCUGUUUUCCAAACCUGAUUACUUCUCUGGUAUCAAAAUUUGUCCCUGAAUGCAAAAUUGAUAAAGAAUCAACGGAGACCCAGAAGCCCACAGCAUCCACUCGGACAGUUCAGGUCUGCCUUCCAUUUUGCUUUCGAGUGACAAUGAUAUGCCUGAGAUCUCCAGCUGUGUGUUUUUGGAGUUGAUAUCUUAUUUACUGUAUCUUAUAGUUUAAUUUUAAGGGGUUUCGUUCUUGCUGUGGCGAUACUUAUCUGUUUAGUACCUUAUUUUGGGUUGUUUGUGGUUUUUCUUUAUUUGAAGUGUGAAAACUGGUUCAAGAUGGUUGUCUGUCACUCUGUUCAGUUCUGAGUCUGUAGUAUCCAUUGAUGUACAAGCAGGGGAGCAAGAAAAAAAUGACGUGCUUGCUCCAAAUACUAAAAGGUCACGUUCAUCGAAAGUGUCGGGAAGUUUUAAUAUAUACUGUAUGCAGCAAGUCGGCCACAAUCUGCUGCCGGCUGGAACGCUUUUUAUUUAUGAACAGGAGAAAAGCCAGACUCCAUAAAACGUGUCACAGAAGUCAGAUGAUGCCUCAUAUCGCUCAAUAUUUUCCAACCAUGUCUUGACUCAGGCAAACAACUAUGUUUUCUCGUCAAUAUCCACGGUCACUGAAACGGUUACAUGUCUAUGGUUUUUCCAGGUUUUUUACUACACAAAAGUCACAAAUAAUGCAGGACCAAAGUUUAUGUGCCUUUCAUCGAGCUUAUUUGUAACUUAUUUCCUGGCUGUAUAUCAGAAACCAACGUCUUGUAGUCUUCACUUUCGAUCAUUGUUACAAGUCUGAGAAACGCAUGCGUGUCCCGCAGUACGUUCGCAGUUUGUUUUAUUUAAAACUCAGAAGGUCAAGCCAUAUCCUUUCCCUUGCAAACCAGGCUCAUGUACGAUACUGAAUGUGUUACACGGCCCUCGGCGAUUCAUUUAAACAGCCUUUCAGUAUUUCAUGAACGGCCUCAAUCUGUACUUGCUAGAUUAUCUUGACAAAAACUUUGGAUCAUACUUUUGUUAAAUUUCUUCAUAAAUUCCAUAAAAAAAGCUUUACUUUAAAAUGUACAAUAAACCAACCUCAAAAAAACCAAAGGACUUGAAUCGAAUUGGAAACAAUGCAGCACUAUUUAGAUGCGACUUAAAUAUUUUAAUAUUAUUAUUAUUAUUACGUAAUGAUACAGUUGACCCUUACAAUCAAGUAUAGUACAAAUUUCAGCCAUAACGCUUUCUAUUUUCUUCUCAUUUAUAUAAAUUUAUGGGCUAUCGUUUAUGCUAACUGAUCUGUAUGAUUUGCAUAAAUGGGAGGAGUUACGUUAAAUUCGCUAAACCAACGCAAUCUCGUGGCAAUGCGUACGUAGUUCACAAGGUGGCUAAUUCAUAUGACCACAUUCGUACGUUUUUGUACGAUUUGCUUUCGCCCAUGUGACGCAUGGGGUUAGGGCUGGGGUUUCGUUAUUGUUUUACUUAAUGACAAGCGUAUUUGUACGAUUCACUUUGUACGAAUUAGCCAACUCGUAAAAUACAUACGAAUUCCCGUGAGAUCAGGCUGGCUAAACUGAGGUGUCACUCAAACGAAAGGGACGUACAAAAACGCCCGAGUUGACCUCAGGACGUCUGACACGCAAUGAAAUAUCUAAUUUAUAGUUUUUAUGAAUGUUUCACUACCAAAACAAAACUAAUGCUGUAAAUAUGUGUUCCCUUUUAGUGCUUUUUUAACCUGGCCAAAAAACAAGAAAAUGGUUUCGGGGAACAAGAUAUACCAACACAACGCAAAUAUGAACUGGUUUUAUAUUUAUGACAAUGAAAUACACAAUUUGUCUUCUGUAUUUUGAUAUCAUACCAGUACCAGCUUUCAUUUGUAAAGCAGUUCAUGUGAUGUAUGUGAGAACUGGGGUGAGACACGAGUGUAUCCGGUUUAUGGGUUUGAUGUAAUAAAUGCAAAUAGAAGAUAAACUAUUAAAGAUACAUAUUUUCUAA